CACCGGUGACGCCUGUCUAAAUUCGUGCAAAAAAAUUGUCAAAAAUAAUCAAUGUUGUUGUUGGGCCUUUUUUUAUUAUUAUUUUUAAAAAACCUUCACAAUAAUAUAAAUUUAUUACUUAUACAUAGUUGAACCAUACCAGAAAUAAAGAAUAUAUGAUGGAUCACACAAAACUAGAGAUGUAUGACGAUGUCGGUGGUCAGGUUGAAGGCGAAAUGAAUAUUCCAACGAACAAAAAUAGACCUAACCUGGGGCAGCCUGAUUUUAAUACUUUGGACGAGCCUGUGAAAGAUACAAUAUUGAGGGAUGUUAAGGCUGUGGGUGCUAAGUUUAGUCAUGUAUUAUUUCCUAAAGAAAAGAAGACUCUUUUGAAAGAAUGGGAUCUAUGGGGACCUUUAAUGCUAUGCACAUUUAUGGCAAUGAUUUUACAAGGCUCUGCAGACGACAUACACGAUGGUGGGCCAGAGUUUGCAGAAGUUUUUGUCAUUGUAUGGAUAGGUUCUAUGGUAGUAACAUUAAAUUCCAAACUUUUAGGGGGAAAUAUAUCAUUUUUCCAAAGUGUUUGUGUCCUGGGUUACUGCCUACUACCUACAACACUAGCUUUAAUAGUUUGUAGAUUUAUUUUGUUAUUCGAACAGACAAAUCUGCUGUUUUUUAUUAGAUUUGCUGUGACUAUGACUGGGUUUGCUUGGGCAACUUAUGCAUCAAUGAUUUUUCUGGGGGAUAGUCAGAAACCAGGCAGAAAAUUAUUAGCAGUAUAUCCAAUUGGACUAUUUUACUUUAUUAUUUCAUGGCUAGUAAUAUCACAUACAGCUAGUUAAAAUUUUAUCUCUAAAUAUAUUACUGACUAGGUAAGCAUAAUAAAUUCAAUAAAAUGGUAAGAUUUACUCCUUUAGGUAUGUAUGAACUUAUUAGUGCACAUAAAUAUGCAUUUAUAACUUAGGGCUGUUAUUAUUUUGUUAAUUUACUUAAAUAAGAAGAAUCUUACUUUUUAAUUGAGAUUAAAAUAAAUAGGUAUUUGAUGUUCAAACACCGAGCAAAAUUAUCUAUAUAUAUUAUAUUUAUAAAAUUCCAUCCUUUAGAUGUAACAUUCUUUUUAAAUUUCUUCUAUUAAGAUAUUUCUGUGUAUGUAUAAAAAAGUAUUAUAAAUUGAAUACACUUAUUUAAAAUAACCUUAUUCAAUCGAGUUAGAAAUUAUUUCAUAAAAAUGUUCACUUUUACAUUGCUCUACUGAUGACACAAUGUUCAAGUAUUGACUUGCCAGUUUUUCAUUAUUUAUACAAGUUGUUCCCCCACCUCUUUUUGUUUGCUU